AUGGGUGACGUGAAAAUGGAAGAACCUCCGUCCAGUCCUCCUAGGAGAGACGAAGAUAGUCCGGUCAUUGAGCCAGAAUCUGGAGAUAUUGAAGUUGACGGUGAUGUUGAUGUGGAUGGUGAUGCCGACGCUGACGGUGAUGGCGAGGCCGACGCUGAUGGCGAUAUUGGUGGCGAUGCUGACGGUGAUGCUGAUGCUGAUGCUGAUGCCAAUGUUGAUGCUGUUGCUGAUGCUGAUGCUGAUGCUGAAACUGGUAGUAGUGCUCAUACAAAGCCAGUUGGUAAGAAAUCAUCGGGGUCAGGUAAAGGCAGCUCUACUAAAAGCAAAGCUGGCGGUGCUACAAAUGCUACGACAGGAACUCCAGCCAAGCGAAGUCAUCAUAAAAGUAAAAAUAAGACCGCGGCAUCGUCAAGUUCUGCUGGAAGUGCUGGAGCUACUGGUGAUCCAGGAACUCCUGUAGACCCGAAUAAACCCAAACGAGGUGGGUCAAAACCAAUUCUAAAAAGCAGUGGCAUUGCCAGAAUUGACAAUAAUCUCAAACCGACAUUGUUUUCUAUCCCUACAGCUAUAAAUCAGAAGAAUUACUAUACAGAUUAUCUUAAACGAGACGACCAAAUAUUUUUCAACCGCCAGUGGGCAGAACAACAGAAAAGUAUCAAGGAAAAAGAGGCCAAGGAAAAGGAAUUAAAGGCGGAAAAGAAAGCGGCAAUUAAAUUAAAAUUAGAAGAAAGCGGUGCUACUGAUAAUCUGGAUGAGGAUGAAAUUGAUGAUGAAGAGGACGAAGACGACUCAGAGGAAGAAAAAGAAGAACUUGCUGCCGGUGCCAGAACUUUGGUGGUGCAUUUUGGAUCCAGAAACCUGCGUCUUGGACUGGCUUCGCAAGUAUAUCCAAAAACAGUUCCCAAUGUGAUAGCUCACCGACAGUCAUAUCAUACCAAUGGCACGUCUAAUGGCCAAUCGUCAGCAAAAGGUACGGAUAAACAAGACAAUGAUGUUAUGGAUGUUGAUGACGAAGACGAGAACGAAGACGAAGAGCCAGUUGGAACUAUAGGUUUGCUAUCAGAUGCGUUUAAAAAGUCUGGCAAUGUUGUCCGAAAGGAUCUUAAAGAGCGAAUGAGAUACUAUAAACGAAGGAUUAUCCCGAAUUCUCAUGAUCUCGUUGUAGGGUUCAAUGGUCGUCAGCACCCAGAAGUGAUCCCUGAGCACAAUGAUGUCCAAAGAGAAGAAUGGACUGAUGUACAAGAACUAGGUACUCCUUCGUAUAUCAUUGGAGAAGCUGCAUUAAGGAUUCCACCUAAAUCCGACCCAAAAUACAAACUGUUUUGGCCCAUCCGCCACGGUUCGUUCAAUGAACAAGACUAUACUUCACCACAGCAAGUGUUAGGAGAUCUGGCUAUUAUUUUGGUAGAGUCACUGGAAAAAGAGCUGGAAAUAUCCACAAGCCAGUUUCAAAAUUAUAACGUGGUCAUCAUCGUACCCGAUCUGUAUGAACGAACAUACGUGACAAAUUUGAUUGAGCUUUUCCUAGAUAUGAACUUUGCCAAAGUAUGUGUUCAGCAGGAAGCAAUCGCGACCACAUUCGGUGCUGGUAUCUCUAGUGCUUGUAUCAUCGAUGUCGGGGCACAAAAAACAUCGAUUACUUGUGUGGAGGAGGGUAUGUGUAUUCCAGACAGUCGAGUCAAUUUGAAAUUCGGAGGUGAUGAUGUUACUCUUGCGUUCAUCAAGUACCUUUUGGAAUCCAAAUUUCCCUAUAAAACUAUUGACGUGCACAGGAACCCCUAUGAUUGGGAGCUCGCCAACGAACUAAAGCAUAAGUUCGUCACUGCCAACGAUGCCGAUGUUGCUAUCCAGCUAUAUUCGUUCUAUCAACGAGCACCAGAACAGCCUACUCACAAGUACGAUUUUAAAACAUUUGACGAAGUCAUGAUUUCAACAUUGGGUCUGUUCUAUCCUCAGUCCUUUGAUCAGGAAGGUAAGCUAGACUCCAAGUUCACACUGUUCCCACGAUCAUUGGAUGUUUACGAUGGCAAGAACAAUGAACCUCUGUCUGAUGCACAAAUCAAUAUCUGCAAGAAGACCCUUGCCGUUUGGGGACUUUCAUAUGCCAAAGAAUUAGCCAAAGAACAAGAAAAACAGACUGCUGCUAGCGCUGUUGCCCUAUCUGCUGUUAAUGGCAAGUUAAACGGCAGUAAUGUCGGUGCUUCUGGAGUUUCAACUCCUCUUCCAAGUUCUGCUCCAGGAACUCCUGCUCCUGAAGGUGCUAAACAGACAGCCAAUGCGGCAUCAACGACCCAUCUUUCUGCUGCACAGGUCCAACAAAACAACCAAUUCCAAGCAGCCGAAACAAUUGACCCUCACGAGGUUCCUUCUAUCGGGCUCGAUCAUGCUAUCAUUGAAUCUAUCACCCAGGCCGCCAAAUCUUCCUCUUCCAAACAAUCAUUUUACGAAAGUCUCAUGAUCGUUGGAGGUGGGGCUAGCAAAAUAUCUGGCUUCGAUAGUCUGCUCAUCGACCGUGUAGGCAUGUGGAGAAAUCAUGGCGACGAAGAUGUAGACGAAGAGACUCAGGGUGAUAUUGCUAUCAUGCCCGUCCCUAGAGAAAUGGACCCUUCACUCAUCUGCUGGAAGGGAGGAAGUGUACUCGCCAAACUCAAAAUCGUCAAUGAGCUCUGGAUCUCCCAGCAGGACUGGUCACUAAUGGGCUCUCGUACCCUGCAGUACAAAUCCUUGUUUCCCUUCUAA